AAACAGCAGGCGUGACUCAGUGCUGUGCGUUGAUUGGUUGGUAUGACUAGACUCAAGAUCUGAUAUAGAAACGAAGCAAAAACAACGCAUUUAGAAAAAAGCUGACCGACAUGGCGAGGAACAUCUUCUCGAAGUUGUUUCGUAUUCCUACGUCCACGCAACUUACGUGCCUCCGAACGGGAAGCUUGUUGCGGGAAAAGGCUGCUGCUGUUACGGUUCCAGGCAGCAGAUGGUCCAGCAGUAACUCUCCUCCGGAAAAUAUCAGCCGCUAUCCUAUUCCCUACAAGAAGGACUUACCUUAUGAUAUAGUGGAGCUAAUGGAAGAAGUGGAGUCGAAGGGAGGCUUUUUACCCAAUGUCUUCAAAGUACUCUCUCACAGGCCAGCAGAGUUCAGAGCUUUCUUCGCAUACUACAAUGAAUUGAUGAACAAGGAAACAGGCAGGUUAACCAAGGCCGACCGUGAGCUAAUCGUCGUUGCCACCAGCAGUCAUAACAAGUGUCUUUACUGUGUGGUGUCCCAUAGUGCUCUGCACCGCAUCUACUCGAAGAGCCCUACUCUUUCUGAUCAGGUGGUUGCUAACUACAAACUUGCAGAGCUCACACCUCGGGAGCAUGCCAUGCUGGAGUUUGCGAUGGCCGUGUGUCGCUGUGACACCAUCACAGAGAAGCACUUUCAGCCUUUGGAGGAAGUCGGCUUUGACCGCGAGGAUGCCUGGGAUAUUGCGGCCAUCGCUGCUUUCUUUGCCAUGUCCAACCGACUCUCCCAUUUUACAGACACGAGGCCCAAUCAGGAGUUUUUCAACAUGGGCCGUGUUCCCCGGGAAAAGAGCAAGGCAGAAGAUAACUAGCGGAGAAGGAAAGCUGUGUUACGUGCAAGUCUUUUCUAAAGCAAAGGUUAUGUGUGAAGCAACACAUUCAUAACACAGCCAGAAACUCCUCAGAUCUAUUUCUGAUUUCUUGUCUCUCUUCUGUUUUUUUGUUCAUUGUUGUGAAAGGAGAGAAACUACCUAAUGUGAAGACAACAUGAGUUGAAUGAAUGUUGACUUUGAAUUAUUAUUGAUUGGAUGUACAUUUUUAAUGUCUGUAAAAAAAACAACAACUUUUAUCUGCAAUGGAUUUCAUGAAAUAACAGAGAGUUUCAUAAGGUAGUUCCAUGUGUGAAGAUUAAGCACAA